AGAGAGAGAGUCAGGAGACAUGCCUUCUGGCAGGAGCUGAAGAAGACAGCUGUGUUUGGUGUGGUAUUUUUAAACGCAUCAAUGCUGCUCCAAUCCCCGCGCCUCGCCUGACCUAUUUUUAGCCAGGGCUGGCCAUUGUUCUAUUUCUGUCACCUGUGGGCCACGCAGUUGUUGAUUCACAUGCAAAUGAAGCCUGCUCCCUCCCUGGCUUGCAUUACUGCCUCAGCGAGGAGCUCAGUGCACAGUACACGGCUUACCUCGCACUCAGCUCUGUUUUUCUCACUCAGUGUAGAGGAAGAAAAAGCCACAGACUGAAGGAGGGAUUUUUUUCUUUAAAGAAAAAAAAGGCUUGACUUGUCAUUUUCUCCUCACUCUCUGUUUUUUAGUAUUUGGAGCAAGCUGAGGCAGGGCACCGGCAGAGUGGCAGCCCCACAGAGAGAGUGUGCAGUCUGUUAGUGCUCUACAGUGAGAGUGGUUUAUCAGAGGAGGAGGCAGAACAGAGGAAGGGAGAGAGUUGCCUGUUGUCGUGGUCUCUCCCCUGAGUGGCUGAGGGGUGGCUCUUGGUGACAGGAAACGCAAGGCUUGCAAUGAGACCUGAGCGCUGAGUGGAGUAUGCUGCAGACGAUUUACGAGGGCGAGUCAAGUUUCUCCACAACAGAACGCCGCGUUGGACACCAGCAGCUCCUCAACCAGAGCAAGAUGCACAACGUGAACAACUCAGUGGACAUAAAGCCGGACGUGCCAUCGACUGUGGAGCCCGUGUCUCCGUUGGACCUGCGCACAGACCUGAGGAUGCUAGGGCCAGGCUCGGACCCGGGACUGUGGGAGAGGCAGCUGCAGCAGGAGCUGCUCCUCAUUCAGAAGCAGCAGCAGAUCCAGAAGCAGCUACUAAUCAGCGAGUUCCAGAAGCAGCAUGAGAAGUUGACCCGUCAGCACCAGGCUCAGCUCCAGGAGCACCUCAAGCUCCAGCAGGAGCUCCAGGCCAUGAAACAUCAGCAGGAACUCGCGGAGAAGGAGCGCCGUCUGGAACAGCAGCAGCAGCAGAACCAGCAGGAGAAGGAGCAGGAGAGGCAUCGGCGAGAGCAGCAUGUUUCCAGCCUGAUCCUGCGGGGCAAGGAGCGCUCCCGUGAGAGUCUCACAGGUGCGGUGGCCAGUACAGAGGUGAAGCAGAAACUUCAAGAGUUUCUAUUGAGCAAAUCAGCAAAGGACCCUACCAGCAAUGGAGUUAAUCAUUCUUUCCUCCACCACCCAAAACUCUGGUACACGUCCUCUCACCACACAUCACUGGACCAAAGCUCUCCACCUCUGGGCGGCACAUCCCCCACCUGCCAGUAUACUCUGCCAUCACCCUUAGAGAGCAAGGACGACUUCCCCUUGAGAAAGACAGCUUCCGAGCCAAACCUGAAGGUACGAUCCAGGCUGAAGCAGAAGGUGGCAGAGCGGAGGAGUAGCCCGAUGUUAAAGAGAAAAGAUGGAAACAUAAUGACUCCUUACAAGAAGAGGGCCCUGGAGCUAAUGGACUCGACGCCCACUAACAGCGCCCCCGGCUCUGGCCCCAGCUCUCCCAUAGGGGCCUCCAGUGCUUUGGGGGCUGAAAACGGACCCUCCUCUCUUCCUACUACCACAAAAACUGAGAGAUGGCCUUCACAGCCGAGAUUAUUCCGACCUGAGGGUUCUGUGUCCAUGCUGAGCUUAUACACGUCACCAUCUUUACCUAACAUCUCCUUCGGGCUUUCCACUGCAUCUUCACCCAUUAGCGCUGCCAUGGGGUUGAAGGACAGAUCCACAGAAAUCAGACAUGGGCUUCCUGGCCACCUGCUUGGCCCCGUGCCCCUUCAAACAGGCCUUGAGUCCAAAGUGAGCCCCAGUCACCAGGCCCUGCUCCAACACCUCCUCCAGAAAGAGCAGAUGAGGCAGCAGAAGAUCCUUUCCUCUGGCCAGGGCUCCAUGUCCUCCCACCCUCAGUCCCCUUUAGCCAUGAAAGAUCGCCCCUCCAGCAGUCGCCCUAAACUACCAAAACACCGGCCCUUGAACAGGACUCAGUCCGCUCCCCUGCCACAGAACACACUGGCUCAGCUUGUCAUCCAGCAGCAACACCAGCACUUCCUGGAGAAACAGAAACAAUACCAGCAGCAGAUCCACAUAAAUAAGCUGCUGUCCAAAUCCAUCGAGCAGUUACGUCAGCCCAAUGCACACCUGCAGGAGUCAGAGGAGGAGCUGGAGGAGCAGCACGACAGAGAGCACAUAGAGAGCAUGCAGGAGGACAGGCUGCCCCCUGGAGGAGUCAUCCGGAAGCACACGCUGAGCAGCAGCAGCAGCAGCGGCUCAAGCGCAGAGCUCCCAGACGCCCACUACGGGGUCAUUAAGGUCAAGGAGGAGCCGCUUGAUAGUGAGGAUGAGGCCCUGACCAAUCAGAGCUUGGCAUCUGAGCAGCACACCUAUCUGCACCAGGUCAAAGGAAGACUAGUGAUAAGAGCCAUGAUAUGAAAGAGGAGGAUGAGAUCACACACUCGCAACAUUCGCAGAUAAACAGGUCUAUACAAGCAUCUACAUCCCUGCAGUUUACACACACACACACACACACACACACACACACACACACACACACACACACACACACACACACACACACACACACACACACACACACACACACACACACACACACACUCCAUGUUGCAACGUACAACUCGGUUUUUACUCUAAGACUCUCUGUUUGUGAUGUUUGUGUAGUGAUCUCUGUAAAUUAUGUAUGUUUCCUCUUUGUGUAUAUAAUAUGAAGACAAUUUAGACCGUUAUUUUAGAGCUGCUUUGGUUGUCUCUGAUCCUCUCAAAAGACAGAAAGUCGUAUGUACAUAUAAUGUCCAGUAAGCAUCAAAGAUGACUUCUAGAGUGAUGGUCAAACAGGUGUACAGCUUUGAAGAGCAAAAUGAUGUUCCUGUUGUGUACAUUUUUUGCCAUAAAAUGUUUAAAUGCUCUUCAACCCACUUUUAAGAGUUACCACAAAGUCCUCACAGUGUGUAAAAGACUUGAAAACACUACACACUCCAUGCUAAGUGGUGUCAGAACUGAAAUAAUAAUGAACAUCCGUCUUAGAGAGAAUGUAUACUUAAAUCCUGACAGAGGACGCUCCCUCAGGGCAGACUUUUUUUUUGCGCCAGGAGUGAUAUUGCCAUUGGAACAUGGUCCGCUGCUCAUAUUGCAAUUUGAAGGAUAAAGCACUAAACCCCUGCCUUGGUGUGCAGGCUUCUCCCAACACACCCCGAGUCUCAGAAUCUCUCUCUCUCUCUCGAAGCAGUCCCAGAUCCCUGGGCCCUGUGUUAAGCUGAGCUCUCCUCUCUCUCUCCCUCUGGGUCCAAAUCAAAGCUCGGUGGGUUCUAGCCCGGCUUUCAGCAGAGGAGUCAGACGGAUAGAAAGAGAGAGAGGGCCGGGCAGGAAAUGCCUUCUAGAAGCCAGGACUCGGAGUGAUUCAUGUGUGCAGGAAUGUUGAGAGAGGAGGACCUAGGGUUGGAGGAGUCCAAGGGGCCAGGCUUGAGAAUUGAUUUACUGUCAAGGCGAAUUACAAAGUGAGUGGGGAUAUGGUUAAGGGAGUCCCUUCUGAAGGGAAUCGCUUCCUUCGUUUUCCCUGGUGGCAUGCUUACCUCAACUGGCAGGUUUGAUGUUACUUCAAUAAAAAACCCUGGAUGGGACCUUGCUCCUUUUCCUUUUUUUCAAGCCUGAUUUCCCCAGAAAGUGCCCAUUGCGACAUGUAUAGUCUGUCUUAAAGUGAUCAAUCAAAUGUAUCGCAUAGCAGUAAACUUUCCUGUUUUCAUUUGUACCGUCAACUAAAUGUAAAAAAUAAUCUAGUAUCAGGUUCUGUGUUUGGAUUCAUGUGAAAAUCAAAACUGUCUGUCUUAUAAUGUACAUUCAGAUUGUUGGGCUUUAAUGUUUCUAGUGUAAGUAAACACAAUCAGAACAAUGUGAGUCUUGUUGUCUUGCGCCUUUGAUUUGGUUGUAACAAGAACCUCUUUGCUGGCAGUGGGGGGGCCGCGGGGGGUCAGGGGUCCUGUGGUCUGUUCAUAGCAGUUUGCAUUUUUUCUCUUUUUUUGCCUUGUGUGAAAAAACUUCUGUUUUUUUUUAAUAAAGUUCAUUUACCUCCGA